UGGGCUCAAAGGAGCGUCUGGUGAUUUCAGUGAGCGUCGGCUUUGCAAUCCAGCGAUGAAUAUUCGGGCAGUUUUGCUUCUUGCCAUUGGUGUCUUCCAUGCGCAUGGACACCGAAUCGUCUGCCUGCACCACGUUGCCGUUUGGUGUGAAAAUCGGCAAGUGCUGCACACCGCGCUGCAACGGACGUGACGGACACAAGGAGCGUACGCGCUUGCAGGGUGCUAUCCUCUCCAAUUGCGAGAUGGUCAUAGAAGGACCCUUCAAGGUGAAAAACGCCAUUGGCAAGUACUUUGAGCCAGACUCCGAAUGGAUGAACAGCUAUGUGUGGAAGCAACGCGACGGAGGUGCAUUGCCCAAAUUUCCAGAGUCGGACUACAUUUGCCACGAGCGUUGCAAUGCAAAAUGGCCCGAGACCACCCUGCGCAACUACAGCCAGAGGUUGCCGCUGAUCGAUGUCUAUCGUUCCGGAGGAGUUGAUACGGAGGAUGACAAUGAAACUUGGCAAAGGUUGGAUCUUGAGCCAGGUACCGGGCUACCAGCAAAAUGGAUCAAUAUGGGAUUGACCAUGUCAACAUGUAAAUAUGGGGGUUUUCAUAGAUGGGGAAUCCCCAAAAUGGAUCAGAAUGGGUGGUUUGUCAUGGAAAAUCCAUCUAUAAAUGGAUGA